AGCUCGUCACUCGUAAACUUUUGAUCAAUGAAACAUGAACUCGAACAUUAGUCAUGAGUUGAUUCAAUCCAUUUAUUACUCAUACUAAAAGUCAAAAUCGAAGUUCGUCAACGAAAUACCCACAAUGCAGAAGGUACAACACUACAAUGCGCAAAAUUGACCUUGAUACCGUUCCCUCACAAAAUCGACGCGCCCCCAAUUCCAGCUCAUCGAAAAGUCUUAUCAAAAGAGGAAAUUAAAUAUCAGAAAAAAAAUCUAUUUACAGAAUUAAAUAAAUAAAUAAAAAUUCAUCGGAUCCAUUUCCCUUCAAACCCAUAGGCAGAUCCAGACUUGGGAUUGAGCUGAUUGGAUAAUCCAAAUGUCAAUCUUCGACGGACUUCCCAUUUCGCGAGAUAAAUCGUAUUUAAGGGAAGAACUUUCUAAGAUAGAUGAAAGUUGGGCUGCAGCACGCUUUGAUUCAUUACCGCAUGUUGUGCAUAUUUUAACAUCAAAAGACCGUGAAGGGGAUGUUCAGGUCUUAAAGGAGCAGAGUGAUAUCAUUGAAGAAGUUGUUGAUGAAGUUGUUCAUGCAUAUCAUGGUGGCUUCAACAAAGCAAUUCAAAAUUAUUCUCAGAUCUUGCGGUUGUUCAGUGAAUCUGCUCAAAGCAUUGGGGACUUGAAGAUUGAUUUAGCUGACGCAAAGAAACUUAUUGGUGCUCAUAAUAAGCAGUUGCAUCAGUUAUGGUAUCGGUCUGUUACUUUGAGGCACAUAAUCUCUUUGUUAGACCAAAUUGAAGGAAUAGCUAAGGUACCUUCUCGUAUUGAAAAGCUCAUUGCUGAAAAGCAGUUUUAUGCUGCAGUACAAUUACAUGUUCAGUCAAGCUUAAUGCUUGAGAGAGAGGGCCUCCAAACGGUUGGUGCUCUUCAAGACGUUCGCUCUGAAUUGACAAAGCUGCGUGGAACAAUCUUCUAUAAGGUUUUGGAGGAUUUACAUGCCCAUCUUUACAAUAAGGGUGAAUUUAGCUCAGUUGUCUCAAGUAUAAAUGAAAGCGAUGAUGCAAUUCCAACUUCCUCAGCUAUUACAUUUUCCAUGACUUAUACACACUCUCUCUCUCGAAGAACCAGGUCGCCGAAAGGCGACAAUAAUCUUGGAACACAUGGUACUGGAGAUGGACUCUAUAGACCGAGUUCAGUUGAUGGCGGUUCAUCAUUCGAUGGCCAGACUGAGGAUGGCACAAUGGAUAUGCAUGAUGAUGCUCCAUCUAAUGGACAUACUCCUUCAAUGAGGGCAAAUGGUGGUGAUAAUGGUGCAAGGGAUGCAAAAACUCUAUCUCGUCAAAUUCCCAUGUGGCUAUCAGAUUCCACUCCCGAUGAAUUUGUUGAAGCAAUGAGAAAGAGCGAUGCUCCACUGCAUGUAAAGUACUUGCAGACCAUGGUUGAGUGCCUCUGCAUGCUAGGAAAAGUUGCUGCUGCGGGUGCAAUAAUAUGCCAAAGAUUACGUCCUACAAUCCAUGAGCUCAUUACUACCAAGAUCAAAGCUCAGGCAGGACGUGUCAAUGGGCCUAGGUCUCGUCUUGGCCAUGCUGCCUUGCCUACAGUUACAGGUUUCAACUAUCUAAAAGGGAGGCUGGAUCGCCAAUUACCAAAUCAAAAAGGGCAGAAUGGGGUAUCAGUCAGUGGAGCUUUAUUAGCAGCGAGCCCUGUCUCUCAUGUAAUGUCUCCUGCUGGGACAGCCCAAAUUGCAGCGAAAGAACUACUUGAUUGUAUUCUGGACUCCGUUGUUCGGUUAUUUGAAAACCAUGUUAUUGUUGGAGAGCUACUUGAAUCAAAAUCUUCACAACAAGGUAACUUGAACACACCAAAAGCAAUGGCUGCUGAUGUUAAUUGGAGCCAUGAUUCUGAUGCAUCCAAUGAUACUGGAGGCUAUACAAUUGGUUUUUCCUUAACUGUUUUGCAGAGUGAGUGUCAACAACUUAUAUGUGAGAUCCUACGAGCUACUCCUGAAGCUGCUUCUGCAGAUGCUGCUGUACAAACAGCUAGACUCGCUAACAAGGGCCCCUCUAAAGAUAAGAAGGAUGGAUCAGAAGAUGGUCUUACCUUCGCAUUUCGCUUUACAGAUGCUAGUGCUUCCAUUCCUAACCAGGGUGCUGAUCUUAUCCGUCAAGGAUGGAGAAGGGGCCAGAAUGUACUCCAAGAAGGUUAUGGCACUGGAGCUGUGUUGCCCGAGCAAGGGAUAUAUUUAGCAGCAUCCGUUUAUAGGCCAGUACUUCAGUUUACAGAUAAAGUUGCGUCAAUGCUUCCUCAAAAGUUUUCCCAACUUGGCAAUGAUGGGUUGCUUUCAUUUACGGAGAACUUUGUGAAGGAUCACUUUUUACCAACAAUGUUUGUAGAUUAUCGGAAAAGCGUACAACAAGCUAUAUCAAGCCCAGCUGCAUUUCGUCCUCGAGCCAAUGCAACUGCUUCUUACACUUCAUCAAUUGAAAAGGGGCGUCCUGUUUUACAAGGAUUACUAGCAAUUGAUUUCCUAGCAAAAGAGGUACUUGGAUGGGCUCAAGCAAUGCCAAAAUUUGCUGGUGAUCUCAUCAACUAUGUGCAAACUUUCCUUGAAAGAACAUAUGAAAGAUGCCGAACAUCAUAUAUGGAGGCAGUUCUUGAGAAGCAAAGCUAUAUGCUAAUUGGGAGACAUGAUAUUGAUAAUUUGUUGCGACUUGAUCCAGCCAGUUCCUGUUUACCCAAUUCGCUAGAUCAAAGAAUCGGAGAACCUGAUGCUUCCGAUGCCGAGUCUACUGAAGUAGAAACGGAAUUAAGUGAUGCACUACUGAAUUUGAGGCCUAUCAAGCAGGAGAACUUGAUUCGUGACGAUAACAAACUUAUUUUAUUGGCUUCAUUGAGUGAUUCAUUGGAAUAUGUUGCAGACUCUAUAGAAAGGCUAGGGAAAUCAUCUUCCAAAGCUUAUGAUCAUGUAGAGGAAAAUGGAACACAGAAACCCAUGCACCAUAAGAGAACUAGCAGUGCAGUUCCUAAAGAUCUUGCAUCAUUUGCUGAAGAAUAUAGAAAAUUGGCAAUUGAUUGCCUUAAGGUUCUACGUAUAGAGAUGCAGUUGGAGACCAUUUUUCAUAUGCAGGAAAUGACAAAGAGGGAAUAUUUGGAUGACCAAGAUGCAGAGGAGCCUGAUGAUUUUGUCAUAUCAUUAACUUCACAGAUAACACGCCGAGAUGAGGAAAUGAUACCAUUUGUUGCGGAUGUGAAACGUAACUACAUAUUUGGGGGAAUAUGCGGUAUUGCAGCUAAUUUGUCGAUAAAGGCUCUGGCUGAAAUGAAGUCAAUCAACCUGUUUGGAGUUCAGCAAAUUUGUCGUAAUUCAAUAGCACUGGAACAGGCUUUGGCUGCUAUCUCUUCAAUCGAUAGUGAAGUCGUACAGAUGAGAUUAGAUCGUGUCAGGACAUACUAUGAAUUAUUAAACAUGCCCGUUGAGGCAUUGGUGGCAUUUAUUUCCGAGCACCAGCACCUUUUCACCGCUACAGAGUACAAAAACCUUUUGAAGGUCCAGGUCCCAGGUAGGGAAAUUUCCGAUGAUGCUCAUGAUCGUCUCAGAGAAAUUUUCCCCAAUUAAAUAUUAGCAGCAAAAAAAUCGUGAAAAAAAAAAAAAAAAAUCACCUCGAGCGGACUAUUGGGGUAGUAGUUAUUAUGGCUGCAGAAAAAAAACAAUUCAGUGUUUGUGCACUAAACUCUGCAUGUAAAUGAAGAGUGAAGCGAUUUCCAACAUUCGGUAUAUAUUGUCGAGUACGGGUAUAUUUUGUGAUUAAUUCUUUGGACAAGAACAACAUCGAAGAACCUUGUAAGCUCGUUUCUUAUUCUUUCUUCAUUUUAUGUACAUCCAGUUUUGUAAUCUGUGGCGCUUUUUUGUUUUCCCUCUUCGGUUUCAAUGUGGAUUUUGCUAUGUAGAUAUGGAGUUCGUGAUUGUUUGUUUGUAGCUGAGUGGUCGAAACAUGAAAUCGAUGUACUGAUGACAAUAUUCUCAAUCAGAUUACUCGUGAUUUAUAUGGGUAUUAUUCAAAUUGGUGUUA